GAGGGACCUCAGCUCUUGAAUCAUAUCUUUCACUCUCUAGCAACAACAGCUCUUUCAUGAACGGCCCAUGCGCGGAGAUUUUGGGUAAUCUCAACUUUGCUAACAGAUUUCAGAUUAUCCUCAAAGCCAUGGGUGCAAGAAUAAUUACUCCGGAAGAGCUUGCUCAAGCUAAGAGGUUUGGAGAUUACGUUCCGGUAUACAAGGUCGAUGCAGAAACUGUGGUCAAGACCGGCGAUUCUAUCCGACUAACUGAAGCUGAUACUAUGAGGUUGGUCAGUGAAAAGACGACUAUUCCAGUGCCCGAAGUCUACAACGCAUACACUGAUCCUGUCACCGGGCAUGCACGGAUCGUAAUGGAAUUUGUCGAGGGCGACUGCCUCGCUAACGUUUGGAACACAUUUAAUAACGAACAAAAGCAACAAGUCACUGAACAACUCCAUGGCUUCUUCUCCCAGCUUCGCAAGAUUACAGGAUCGUUCAUCGGUUCUAUCGAUGGAUCGGCCUGCGAAGAUCCGGUGUUCGACGACGAAAUCGGCGCAUAUGGGCCAUACAAGGACGAAGCAGCUUUCAACGAAGGCAUUGUCACAGCGCUUAGAAACACGUUAAGCAGCGGCUGGGUCGAUACAGUCUGUGACAUGGUGCUUGCUUUGAAAGGCCAUAACAUAGUGAUGACUCAUGGAGAUAUGAGCCCGAGGAACAUCAUAGUUCAAGGAAGCAAAGUGGUUGCCAUUUUGGACUGGGAAAUGUCGGGCUACUAUCCAGAGUACUGGGAGUAUGUCAAAUCUCUGUACAGACCUGCCUGGGAGGGUGCCUGGAUCAAAGACCGGGCGGUGGAUAAGGUACUGGAGCCCUACCUCAUGGAAUUGGCUGUGUUUUUACAUGUGAAUGGUAUUGGAGGCUGGUGAGGUAGAGG